GUCAGCCGCUCUUUAACAGAGAAAUGUCAUGCCCCCACAUAUGACAACCCCCCGCCGCUCCAAAGCUGUCAACCUAGGGGAAACACUGCUUUCCCCUCUUACCAGCCCUGCAAGUGUCGCUGCUGAAGCAUUUUAAUCAGAAUUUCAAUAAUGGAUUUUUUCCAAAUAACUGAGAAAAAAUGUUUUAUAAAUGAUACUGAGAUUUGGUAAUGGUUUAUACCUCUUUUUAUAUAUUUUGUUCUCCUAUGUCUAUUUCAAAGACAUUGGUGUCAUUUAAAAGGGUAUAGUCAGAGUAAGAGUAUACAGAGUCCACAGAGAGAAAGUUUCAAAUCUCAUGUGGAUGCUGUCAGUAGGUUAGGUAUUUUUAGAUGGGGCUGCAUAAAGAGAAGAUUUUUGCAUGUUUUGCAUUUGUCUCUCUCACAUAAAAUAUAUCACAGUCUUAUCUAACCAUACCACUCUGGCAUUAGCAGAUGAGUCAGUUAACUGCUUAUAUUCAUCUCUAUAUAGUAGACCAGUUAGUAAAUAACAGACUGUACAAAUGCUUCACCAGCAUGUACAGUCUGUCUUCUUGCUGUCUGUCACUCUGUCUCAUGCUUAACGGAAUUCUGUUGGUGUAUAUUUUCCUGAGGCCUUUAGGGUCUGGUCCAGCUUUGUAUGUACGAGCCCCCUUUCACCACAAAUUGAAUCCCCUCAGGCAGCACAAUAGCAGCAUGAAUACAUGCUCAACUUGAUUUUCAUUGUCUGAAUCCACUUUUCAAGGGGACAAGUGGAGAAAAACACCGCUGAGCAAGCACAUGUGCGAGACUAGAGGGCAAAGCAGGCUAAAAAGAAAACCUUGCCAGGCAGGCGAAGAAAACACAAAAUGCAACUUGGAGAAAUUUCUCACCAAGGCUGUGCAUGACAGGGGAAAUAACAUUUUGUCUCCUACACUAAACAGCUUCAGUCAUUCAUAAUUCAGACAUGUAUUUGUGUUUAUCCAUAUCUUAAGUCUGAAUGCAUCUAAUAUAAAACCUAAAAUAAAAAAACAGUGUGUGACUCAGUAACACUGGCAGUGUACACAAAAUAUGUUUAGACUCUAAAAUGCUGUUUCACUGUAAUAAUCAUCUUGAAAUAUAUGGUUGGUGGCCCUGCAGUAAGUUUCAGAUGUGCAUAAAGAUAAUAAAUCUGGUACAAUUGUACAAUACAGUACAACAGGCUAUAGCACCUCUUCUUUUAUUCCGUACAAGUGAAAAACUGAAAAAGCAAUUGCUGCCUGAUGCAAAAAUAUUUCAUCAAGCAGCAAUCUUAAUAAGCUGCUCUCUUCAUGGAUAUAAAGCACUUACUGCUACAGCAUUCAUUAUAAAACCAGCUAAAAAUACAGACCUACACAAUAAAUCAGUAAACAAAGUUAUUUUUUGAGGAAAAAAUAACAACCCUCUAUACACGAGCACAGGUAUAUAACCAACAUAGAGGGAUAUUGUUGGAAAGAAUGUGAUGUGGUGCAUCCCGAGUUACAUAAACACCAGCAGGCUUUGUCCCAUUGCUCUCAUAUUUUACAAAGAGAGUCUAUAAGAAACCAUAAACAAGAAACUUGAAAUAUAUGGAUGUGCUAGAAAGACCUGCUUCAUAAAAAGUGGUUCAUGAACCACUGAGCACUGUGGCUGAAGAACACUGUUAUAGAGUUCAUGACACCAACCCCAUGACCGCAUUAUUAAACUCUAAUAGUCAGUUCAUUAACAUGAAAUUUAAAGAGCACUUUUGCAUGAACACCACUUACAGUUUAAACAAUUUCUUAUAUUCUUUCAUAAAUGACAUACUGUAACUUAACUUCAAGCGCCCUUAAAUGAAUUUAUAUCUUUAACUUUCAUAUGUGUGGAGUACAGUUUGACCCUAGUAGUUCAACCUCUACAUGUGUGGGAUAUUUUGGUGCUCAGUCCAGCCUUGGUGGGUUCAUCUUCUGCUGACACAACUAAGCACUGCAGCUGAAGGCGAAGGUGCUUCAUGUCAUAACACUUGCUGGCAUUUGGUGGAAUACAUUACUAGAAUGGUGGAGAUUCUGGAUGCCAAGACAAGGGAGCAGCUUUGUUUUUUAGAUAAGGUGGACCCUUACUCAACUAUAGGAGACAUCAAGAAUCUUUUUCACAAAUCAUAUCCUCACUGGUAUCCAGCAAGGCAGGCACUGAAGCUCGAUCCCAAGGGGAAAUCACUCAGAGACAAUGAAAUCUUACAGAGUCUACCUGUCGGGACCACUGCCACCAUGUACUUCAGAGAUCUUGGUCCACAGUUAGGUUGGACUAUGGUGUUUCUGGCAGAGUACAUUGGGCCUCUUCUUACCUACCUCCUGUUUUAUUUCCGGGUUCCGUACAUUUAUUCACACAUAUAUGCCUUUACCUCCAGUCCCCAUCCUGUUGUAACACUAGCCUGUGCCUGUCACACCUUCCACUACAUGAAGAGGUUGAUAGAGACUAUCUUUGUGCAUCGUUUCGCCCACGGGACCAUGCCUCUCAGGACAAUAGUCAGGAAUUGUGCCUAUUAUUGGAGUUUCUCAGCUUGGUUGGCCUACUACAUCAACCACCCUCUUUAUACACCUCCAUCAUAUGGAGAACUGCAAGUGAACUAUGCAUUAGUCUUGUUUGUGAUAUGUGAACUGGGCAACUUCUCCAUUCACUUGACUCUGAACAAUCUCAGAGGAGAAGGAUCCAGGGGCAGAAAGUUCCCUAUGCCAACUAAGAACCCCUUCACAUGGCUAUUUUUAUUUGUAUCCUGUCCAAAUUACACAUAUGAGGUUGGAGCUUGGGUGAGCUUUUCCAUCAUGACCCAGUGUCUGCCAGUGGCCUUGUACACAUUAUUGGGGUUCAUUCAGAUGACCAUCUGGGCCAAAGGGAAGCACAGAACCUACAGCAGGGAGUUCAAGGACUAUCCCAGCCUCCGGAUGGCUAUAAUACCGUUGAUUCUCUGAUUGCUGUUGAAACAUGGACUAUUGCAGCAUAUACAGGUGUAUAUUCACCCCAGAUGAGUGUUUUUCACAACAAAGAGGUUUUCAGCACUAUGCAAGGUUCCUUACUAUCGAUGAAUGGACGGAAAGGGGUGGAAAUGGAAGCAAUAAUUUCAUGGCAAUAUACUGUAGCACUUAAAAAAAUGCUGGGAACAUUUUAAUAGUCUUUUAAGUUUCAACACUGGGUUUAAGUUUCUUCCUUGGAGUUUGAUUUGGCUUUUUUAUAUGAACUUAUUAAUAAUAUUAUAAAUCUUCAUUGCUGUCAUAUUCACAUUGGUUAUACAUAAUCAUUGGAUUUAUUGGUAUUUGGCUCCUUCAGGAUGGCAUGUCAGCAUUUUAGCAACACUUAUUUAAACCAGUGAGAAGUGGUCAAUGCAAAUUGGCUUAUUAGUUGUGUUACUUCCUUUGAUGAUUAAUGCUUCUAGCACUAAUUAAGUUUUCAGGUUAAGUGAAAGGAAUAAAACAUACUCAUCAUAAUUAAGUGCCUGUGGAAGCAAACCAACAAGCUCAAAUUUAAAAUGUCAUGGCAUCCAUUUAAGAGUGCAACAUCACUUUUAUGUAAGCUCUCAGGAUGAAUGCUGAUCAAAGCAGACAUUUAAUUAUACUAAUACUAAGGUUCUCCACUGUAUAUCUUAGAUUGUUUUCUUCAAAGAAGAGGAAAGAAUACUGUAGAAAUGUGACUUCUGGCAUUAACAUGCAGAGGGCUACUGCAGUGGUUCUCUAACCUUUACUGUCUAAUCUCAGGUUUUGUUAAAACUGUUUUCUAUAAAAGUGAAUGUAAGUAAUCUCAAGUCAGACAAUGUGUCUUAAGGAAAAGUGUAACUUUAUUUGACAUGAUGCUCCUCUCAGAAACAUCACUUUUAUGACAUUUUGUCAUCUUCCUCUAAUGACACCAGGUGGUGGUGGAAUACAGUACAGACAGUUUAACAAAGUCGCACACAUGAUGAAGCGCAAAGGUCGAACACAUUAGUUGCAAAAAAAAAAUUUUUACAUUGUAUCGAAAUGAAUUUCAUAGCAGCAAGAGGAUUUUGUAACAAUUAUUAACUGUAUUGCACUGGCGGAUUUUUUUUUUUUUUUUGCAGAUUGCCAACAUCUUGGUAAAAAAUGUGAUGCUUCAAUUACUGCUGCAUCAAUAAAGUGCUAAAACUAUG